AUGGCGCCCCGCGCGGCCGCCAUCCGCCAGACCUGCUGCUGCUUCAACGUCCGCAUCGCUACCACCGCCCUGGCCAUCUACCAUGUGAUCAUGAGUGUGUUGCUGUUCAUUGAGCACGCGGUGGAGGUGGCCCAUGGCAAGUCCUCCUGCAAGUUCUCAAAGACGGGCUACCUCAGGAUCGCCGAACUGGUCUCCAGCUUCCUGCUUAUCACCAUGCUCUUCAUCAUCAGCUUGAGCCUGCUGGUUGGCGUGGUCAAGAACCGGGAGAAGUGCUUGCUGCCCUUCCUGUCCCUGCAAAUCAUGGACUUCCUCCUGUGCCUGCUCACUCUGCUGGGCUCUUACAUCGAACUGCCCGCCUACCUCAAGUUCGCCUCCCGGAGCAGCAGGCGGGCGAGCCCUUCCAAGGUCCCACUGAUGACCCUACAGCUGUUGGACUUCUGCCUGAGCAUCCUGACCCUCUGCAGCUCCUACAUGGAGGUGCCCACCUAUCUCAACUUCAAGUCCAUGAACCACAUGAAUUACCUCCCCAGCCAGGACGGUAUGACUCACCACCAGUUCAUCAAGAUGAUGAUCGUCUUCUCCAUCGCCUUCAUCACUGUCCUUAUCCUGAAGGUCUACAUGUUCAAGUGUGUGUGGAGAUGCUACAGGUUCAUGAAGUACAUGAACUCGGCUGAGGAGAGGAGUGGUUCCAAGAUGCUACAGAAGGUGGUCCUGCCAUCGUACGAGGAAGCCGUGUCUCUGCCAUACAAGGUUCCGGAGGGGGGCCCAGCACCACCCCCGUACUCAGAGGUGUGA